GACUUCGCAUGUGACAUUUCUAUCGACGUCGACCUUGCAUCCUUGUAUGAAGCAAGCAUGAAUUUUUUUGACUCUUACGAUGUUCCUGGAACGGCGACGCCUCCGCCGGCUGCCCAGCAGUCACUAAACGAGGAGGUUUCGGAGGUGAUGGGACAGCUGCGCGGGUUCUGGGGAGGGUUCAGGAAACAGAGCGUCAGCCUGCUGGAUACAGCCCGCAAGGAUCUCACAUCUGUUGUAUCCCAGGCGCAGCAGGAGUUGAGCAAGCUGACCGUCAGUGAGCCUGAGCCUGCGGCAGCUUCGGGGGAGCAACCGCCAGCAUCUUCAGAGAAUUCUGAGGCCGAUGAGCAUCCUGAGGCUGGCCCUUCUUCCCCACCUACGCCUGAGGGGGACGCCUCGAUAUCAUCAGCGGAGGGCAGCCCACGACCGAAUCAUGCACGCUCAACGUCCCAGCCCUUCCAGUUCUUCUCGAAGCUGCAGUCGUCGCUUCCACCUAAUCUCCUCGAGACGGUGCAGAAGAACAUCCCCGAGCAGCUGCGCACUGCACCGUCCUCGGUGGACUUUGCGCAGCUGCGCACAACCUUGUCUAGCGAGUUCCAGCGCGUGCAGGGGCUCACGCGCGCGCAGGCGGAGGAAUACGUGCAUAAGAGUGAGGAGCUGCUGAAGGAGGUCGCGAAGGAGGCGGGCGAGUUCCUGAAGGAGGCGGUGAAGGUCGUGCCGCCGGAGGAGGUGCGGGAGGGCGGGACGGGCGUUGUGUGGGACGGGUCGGAUGUGUGGAUGUUGCCGGAGCCUGGACAGGGCAAGGGGAAGGGGAAGGAGAGGGAGGCGAGUGGGAGUGGUAGGAGGGCGUCGAGCGAGACGCUGAGGGCGGUGGCGACGAGGGCUGAGGCGAUGUUGAAGAUGCUGAGGAGGGACCCGAGUGUGGUGAGAAUGGAUCCGGAGGGGGAGGAGCGGAUCAGGGAGUUGUAUGUGAAUUGGGUGAAGAGCAAGUUGGAGGCGACGGAGGGCGGGAUUGGGGAUGAGGAGUGGAAGGCGAAGAGAGAGAAGGAGCUUGCGGAUGAAGUGGAUGGGACUGCACUGAAAGAGACUUUCGAAACGCUAGUCCCGUCGGAAAUGACGGAGGAGACGUUCUGGACACGCUACUUCUUCCGGGUAUACCAGAUCGAGCACGAAGAAGAGAUGCGCAGAACUUUGCUCAUGGGGUCCACGCAAAAUGAAGAAGACUUCAGCUGGGAAGAUGACGACGAAGAACCAGCCAAACGCGAGACACCGUCUGCGCCGCCUUCUACAGCUGCACUGGAGUCGGACAAGCUGCAGCCAAAUGAGAAGAAGACAACUGAUACUCUGUCCGCGCCGAUCUCGCGUGCUGGGACUCCUGGAAAUGUCAGCCCUCGAGUGAGCAGCGAAGAUAGCUUUGACGUCGUCUCGUCAAACGUCAGUGCCAGUGGCGAAGCUCCUGUCAAGGCUGGCGAGGGAGAGAAGAAGUCGACGGACGAUGAAGACCCUGACAGCGAUUGGGAGUGAGCGUGUCGUGAUCCUGUAUACCACCUUGUAUAUUUGUUUCACGAACAUAAUGUGUACUAUGCAUUCCACAACAUAACGUCCUAAACGGAAUAUACGAUCGGACCGUCGUGAUGGCCCGGCGGCAGUGUUGGAUCUGCUUUUG